CCACUCGGGAGAGUGAGGGGGUUGUGACAGGUGAACCGUUGGCGAGUAACGUGACUAAUCCGGGGAAAAAGGAGACUGGCGGCGUCUCGAUCACUCCAGGGAAGACCAUGGUUCUGUCCAGAACCCCUCAGCGGUUUUUGCUGCUACUCUCCCUGCUGGUGACCUGCUGGGCUCAGAGGGGCCCGGUCGGUCCCAGAGGCCCCCCGGGACCACCUGGAAUCGCUGGCGUGCCUGGAGUGGACGGCAUUGACGGCGACAGAGGAGAGGACUCCAAAGUCAACGGCCAACCGGGUCCUGAUGGGCAAAACGGCAAAAACGGCGCCCCUGGGGCUUCAGGACUUCCGGGAGCAGAUGGACCUAUGGGACCUCCAGGAGAUCCAGGUCCACCAGGCCUGAAAGGACAAAAAGGGGAUUCUGGACCGCGAGGGCCAGCCGGUGCACCGGGUGUCGGUCCGGACGGCCUGGAUGGCAUCCCGGGGACAGACGGACUCCCAGGAGAAAUGGGAAAAGCUGGUCCUCCAGGCGUCAGAGGCAAGAGGGGACAAGUGGGGGCUCUCGGUGCUGUUGGACCUCGGGGUCCUCCUGGCAUCUAUCAAGGGGAAGAACUGUGUCCUAGCGCCUGUACUGCUGGACUCUCAGGACACGCUGGCCUACCAGGCAUGAAAGGUCACAAAGGGUUGAAGGGAGAGUCUGGUGAGCCCGGAAGACAGGGGCACAAGGGCGAGGAGGGCGAGCAGGGACUGCCGGGGAACAUCGGAUCUCAAGGACUUCCAGGCCCAGGUGGACCUAAAGGACUCCCCGGAAUAACAGGCUCCAAAGGUGAAAGGGGGCCGCGAGGAAAAUCCGGCGACGCGGGCCCUCAGGGCGCCCAGGGAGCUCCAGGGGACGUUGGCCAGAGAGGAGCCCUAGGGGAGAGCGGCCCCAGGGGUACACAGGGUGAGCGGGGUCCUGCUGGGAUCAGAGGCGUACCAGGACCAAAGGGAGAAGCUGGUCUUCCUGGGCCGGAUGGUCGGGAAGGAAUUCCUGGACUUCCAGGAUCAAAGGUAAUGUUUGAUGAGUGGGACUACUGGAGACCUAUGGAAACGUACAUGGCUUAUGUUCCUCUGGUUCAGGGUCUUCCUGGGAAGAACGGCGCUCCAGGUGACGGUGGACUUCAAGGUCUUCCCGGCGUUCCGGGCGCUUACGGACAAAAAGGAGUUAGCGGUCCAAAGGGGGUCUCAGGUGACCCAGGAGUCGCAGGACUGAUGGGCUCGUCUGGAAAGCAAGGCGAGCGUGGAGACCAGGGCGAGGUCGGCCCUCUUGGAUCAAGAGGAGGACCAGGUGCACGAGGAGAACGAGGACCUGACGGACCAUCAGGGUCCCCAGGAGGAAGGGGAGGCAAAGGCGACAUGGGCCUUCCAGGACUUCCUGGACCUGUUGGAUAUCGAGGACAGAAGGGCGACAGGGGCGCUGUGGGUCUGGACGGUCCAAAAGGAGACCAGGGAGGUUCAGGUGCUGAGGGAACACCAGGAGAGCCAGGAGAACUGGGUGAACAAGGGGAACCAGGAGAGAAAGGAUCGACGGGACCGCCAGGAGAGACCGGCAACAAAGGACCAGAGGGGGGCCGAGGGCAACAGGGCAAGGAGGGCAAGUCGGGCCAGCCCGGACCACGGGGCAUGCAGGGUGACAUGGGAGUACCUGGCCUACCUGGGCGUCAGGGACCUUCGGGAAAAGCACCGAGUGACUCGCACAUCAAACAAGUCUGCAUGAGAGUCAUGCAAGAGCAGCUGGCCCAGCUGGCAGCCAGUCUGAGCAGACCUGAGUCUGGCGUCUCCGGGCUCCCGGGACCGCCUGGCCCGCCCGGACCUCCCGGGGCGACCGGUGAGAACGGUUUCCCCGGACACAGUGGCUCUCGAGGACUACCAGGUCUAAAGGGACCGCCUGGGUUGCUGGGCCGUAAGGGACCUAAAGGUGAUCAAGGGGACAGAGGGGACAGAGGACCUACCUCCAGGGGGCUCAAGGGAUCUCCAGGUGCUCCAGGUCUGCCAGGCCAGUCAGGCAGGGCGGCUUACGGCUCAGACGGCCGCGAUGGUGAGCGAGGGCCUCGUGGCGCUCCCGGGACUACCGGCGUCCCCGGGCCUCCGGGUCCGGCAGGGCUGAACAGCUACUGCGAGCCAUCGCAGUGCGUCCUCCCCAUGGUGGCCUCGCCCGUCUCAGCCAAGGACUCCAGCAUGAAGGGUCCCAGUGAGAUGUGAGGGUCCAGCAUGGAAGUGGACUCGCACAGAGAAACCAGUCAGAGAAGAGCCCAGAGUCGUGUUCCGUGCUCAUCUGGCACUCUUGAAGGAUCAGCAAACCUUCAUAGGGUCAAGUCCAUCAGAACCAGAAAGGUCCUUCAGUAGGUCCAUGGAAAGGCAUCAUUUACUGCUGGAAGAACUCUUCCUCCAAAUGUUUUCAGAUUGGAAGUUUUUUGAGCCGGGAAGGCGGAUUCUUUUGGAACCUCGGCGCCGCUUUUAUGUGAACUAUUUAUUCUAGCAAGGUUCCACACGUGUACAGAGAAGAAAAUAAAACACAUUUUCUAAUAAACUUCUGCAUGGUU